ACAACUUUAUUUUUCUUUUUUGUGUAGCUCUGGGACAUCAGGAGGAGAGAGAAAGCUGAUGCCAACAAUUGAAGAAGAGCUAGGAAGAAGGUGCUUGCUUUAUAGCCUAUUAAUGCCAAUAAUGAGUCAAUUUGUGCCUGACCUAGAAAAGGGCAAAGGCAUGUACCUUAUGUUCAUAAAAUCCGAGUCUUGGACACCUGGGGGGAUAGUGGCUCGGCCAGUCCUCACAAGCUACUACAAGAGCCCUUAUUUUAAGGACAGACCCUAUGACCCAUACACUAACUACACAAGCCCAAAUGAAACCGUCCUUUGCCCUGAUUCCUACCAAAGCAUGUACUCACAACUUCUUUGUGGCCUUUGCCAAAACAAAGAAGUUUUGAGGGUUGGAGCUGUUUUUGCUUCCGCUUUUAUUAGGGCCAUAAGGUUUCUUGAGAAACAUUGGGUCCUACUUUGUAACGACAUAAGGACCGGAUCUCUAAAUCCCAAUAUCAUCUCUGACCAGACAGUCAGAGACGCCGUGAAAAAGAUUCUUGAUAAACCCAAUCCGUAUCUUGCGGAUUUUAUCGAGAGUGAGUGUAGUAAGAGUUCAUGGCAAGGGAUUAUCACGAGAUUGUGGCCCAACACAAAGUAUGUGGAUGUUAUUGUGACAGGAACUAUGUCACAAUAUAUACCAACAUUGGAUUACUAUAGCAAUGGGCUACCACUUGUGUGUACCAUGUAUGCAUCAAGUGAGUGUUACUUUGGUGUGAAUCUAAAUCCUCUUUGCAAACCAAGUGAGGUGUCCUACACCCUCAUCCCUUCAAUGUGCUACUAUGAGUUUUUGCCGGUUAACCGGAGCGACGAGGUCACCGGUUCGCUUCACAUGCCAAAAUCGCUCAAUGAGAAGGAGCAACAGGAGCUGGUGGAGCUUGUGGAUGUUAAGCUUGGCCAAGAAUAUGAGCUUGUGGUCACAACUUUUGCCGGCCUCUAUAGGUAUAGAGUGGGUGAUGUCCUAAGGGUGUCCGGAUUCAAGAACAAGGCGCCACAAUUCAACUUCGUCUGCCGGAAAAAUGUUGUCCUAAGCAUAGAUUCCGACAAGACCGAUGAGACGGAGCUCCAAAAUGCCAUGAAAAAUGCCGUGACACACCUCCUCCCCUUCGAUGCGACCGUGGUCGAAUACACCAGUUAUGCGGACACCACAACCAUCCCGGGCCACUAUGUGCUCUAUUGGGAACUUGCUCUAAACGGUGCGACACCAAUCCCACCGUGCGUGUAUGAGGAUUGCUGUCUUGCCGUAGAGGAGUCCCUCAACAGUGUGUACCGGCAAGGACGUGUGUCCGACAAGUCGAUUGGGCCACUCGAAAUAAGGAUUGUGGAGCAAGGAACCUUUGAUAAGCUCAUGGACUAUGCCAUAAGCUUAGGUGCAUCAAUUAACCAAUAUAAGGCACCUAGGUGUGUUAAGUUUCCACCUGUGCUGGAGCUAUUGAACUCAAGGGUGGUUGAAAGGUUCUUUAGCCCAAAAUGUCCAAAAUGGGUCCCCGGACACAAGCAAUGGAGCAAUGGUCAGAACUGAAUGAAUGAAGACUGAAGUAGCAUGAUUAGAAAAAAUAUGAACACUAUGUUAUGUGGUUGAGUAGGUUUUUUUUAACAAUGUUCCUAUAUGGGCAUCUUAGGUUAAUUAAGGCUUCUUUAGGCCCCCUCUCUCUUUAAGUUAUAGUUGAUGUUUUUAAUUAAUAAGUUGCAUAAUGAAUAGUAGUGAUGUGGAACUUAAAUUAGCCAAUGUAAAAAAGCAACAAAUUCCACCCUACUCUAAAUCGUGUUUCUUUGUAUCCA